AUGCCGGACGAGCAGUCGGCGAUCUUAGAGGGGGAAGCGGUUGAAACAGACCGCUUGCUCCAAGGUACAGAGCAGGAGCCCUCGCCGAGAACUAACAUGUACACCGAUCCGAACUUUUGGAUAUUUGUCUUCUCCACUGUCAUGAUCUCUGUGGGAGCCAACUCCUUCUUUCUUGCUGUACCCCGCCUUUCCAAAAAUGUCAUUUGUUGCUCAUAUUUUGAACACAUUUGCAAGUCAGGUUUUACCCUCAUCCCGGAGAAGCAAUGCAACACGGAACUUGUUAUGGAUACGUUAGCAUCAGUUCGUUUUACUUAUUUCACGAUUCAGCCGGCAGUUGCAAUUAUUGCAUUACUUGUUUGGUGCCCCGUUGUCGCCUUUCACUGUUUGCGGCUUCGGAGCGUCCUCAUCCUGGCGCAGUGUGGAGCCAUCAUUGCGGAAGUUCCUCAAGCAUACAUCUUUUGGAGCAACGGGUCUCUUGAUCUCCGCUGGAUAUGGGCAUCACCGCUUCUCUCGGCUCUUCUCGGAGGAGGUGGCAUGACAUACAUGGUACUCCGAGACUGUGCUCUCAGACAAAUGUUCGGUGAAGGUCACUUCUUCUCGGCGCAGCUCCUCCUUGGUGCGUCAGCUAAUACUGCCGCAUUCUUGGGCCUCCCUGCUGCAAGCUGGGUUAUGCAAACCUUUGGAGAAUGGUACUGCCUGUUUAUGAGCUUUGUAACCUCGAUUCUUGGUUGCGGCGCAUUGUUCUUCCUCAGCCCACUACCGGAAGUCGAUAAACCUCAAAGUUUCAAAGCGACUUUUAGUUUCGAUCUCCGAACACUGAUACGAACACUGAUACAAACACUGACUUCAAUACCUGUUUUAUCGAUACCUGUUUUCUCGAUACCCGCUGCCUUCGAUUACUUGGCUGUAUACGAGUAUACAGUGCAGUAUAUCCCACAUCGGUUUAAAAGCACCACGCCCGAUGCAGGAUGGGUCAUCACGGGGGCCAAGCUGCUACCAGCACUGGCCACCAUACCGGUUGCCUGUUGCGCAAAAGACUGUUCGAUAAAUGUGCAACUCACGAUGGCGGCUGGCCUACUACUUUGGCAAGGCAUGUUCAGUGCGAUGCUCGCCUGGUCAGACUCGCUAGCGCUGUUCGGUGUCAUGCUGGCAGCUGCCAGCUUAGGCAGCCUACUUCCACAUUUUGCCAGGGCCUUGAUUAGCUCCACAAGUAAAUCAACACAGAGGACCGGAAUAUUUGUCGCCGAUCAGGUCGCGGGGCUCUUGUUCAAGCUUCUAAGCUCCCUCGUUAUGAAGAAUAUCAUCUACGACGGCAACCGCACAGAGCCAAAACAACCAGGGCGGCCCUACUUUGCGACUGCCAUUGUCAACAUAGCUGCCUUGAUUGGGCUAUGUAUCAUAUGGGGAAUCCAUGUCCGCCGGGAGCAUGAACACCCCCAGGCAACGUCUGAGCCUGAUCCAAGCCAUUACGAGGUCGCGGGUGCCAGCAGCGACGCAGAUAUCUGA